GGCAGUGUCCUGCGGUGGAGGCGUAAUUCUAACUUCUGGCUGUAACUCGUCCUCAAGGGACAUUGGAUAACAUGUUCCUACAUCCCAGAGUCUGUUGGUAUACGGAGCAGACACUUUGUUUAUUUUGCCCUUGGAGACUUAACCUGUUUGGAGACUCUUCUCUGUGCAGGGAGUAGCGUCUGAGGGUGGGUGGCUUUGCCCCGGAGGCCGCCUUAGACUGCGUACGUGGAAAGAAGUAAACCCUCUUCCACAGUAGUGCGUGUGGUCUGGUGGUGAGGACCAGCAUUGGGCGUCAGGUGGCCUGGGUUGUGAUCUCAGUUUCACCACUAGUUUGUGGUGUGACCCUGUACAGUUAUCCAGCGACAGUGUGCUUGAGUUUCUUCUGCUGUCAGAUCAAAUAAUUUCAGCCCUGCCUGCUUUCCAGGGAUGUUGAGAGGCUAAUUGAAACAGCACUUGAAAAAGACUGUAUGGAGUCGCAAGGGCUGUGCUAGCCUGAGAUCACUCUUACCUCGUGGGAGUUUCAAAUCUCUCCUGCUUUUGCAACAUAGUUUGCCCUGGCUUUGAAAAUAGUAUCCCAAAAUGAGUUAUUGGGCUGCCACAGACCCUAUUUUUUUCCACCUCCUCCCAAAGCCUCUUUCUUGUUGCGAUUACACCUCAUAAAAUGUAAUGUAUCACCCCCCAGCCCCUCCCACUUCCUGUUUGGUUAGAAGAAUACACACGCUCGCUAGUAGGGUUCUUUACAGGUUACAAAGAGAUUUUAUAUACCUCAUAUGAGGUUAGCUCAUUUAAUGCUCACAGCGUGAUGAGGUAGUAAUUAUUUCCCACACGUUAUAGAUGGGGAAACAGAGGUGUUCCGUCGCUUGUUCUGGGUCCCAAAGGUGAGAAAGUGGCCGAACCAGGCCCCGAACUCGGGCCUGCUGACAAAAUGUGCAUCCAGGACCCUUUUCACCAUAUCCCAGAUGUUUGCAUCCCUUCCCCUCUCUGGAUCCAAUCAGGCUGUUCUGUGCUCUCAGCCCUGGGUGUUUCCACACAGCUCUCUCUCCUUCACGCCCUGCCAUACCUCAAUUAUUGUAAUUACCCCGCCACCUGCAAAAGUCAAGCGGGAAUGAUGGAACAAUGCAUGCAGGUGUGGCUGUUGCCGGGGACAGCUGCUCCCUGCCAGGGUGAAGAGGAGGGAGGCCUGGGGAGGGAGGGGGACGGGAGCUGCCUCCUCAAGCCUAGCUAGAGACCUAUCUUUGCCUUUGGGUGGCUGUGCCAUGGAAGGGGACGGAAAGGGCAUAGAAAUGAGAUGGGAAAACAGAAACUCUGCUUCCCCUCCCAGGUUGGGGGCCCAAAGCCGAGGGGUAGAGAUGGCAUGUAUGGCUAGGUAUUUGGACUCCUAGCCGUGGUGUAAAGCUAGGUGCCUUGGCGUCGCAGAAAUCUGAGGACAAGAAGCAAAGCAGCGUGGGGAGAUGAGCGGUAACGUGAGCCCAGCUGGGAGUGGUUGGUGUGGUUCAGUUUGCUCGGGCAAGACCUGGAGAGCCAAAGGGAAAGUCGUCGUGGCUAGGAUCGCUCUGAGCUUGUGCACCUGACAGCAAUAAUCACAUAUGAUGAUUUAAAAAAAAAAAAAAAAAGACAUCUGAAAUACUCUGCAUCCAGUACUCGAACAUGACCGUAAACCCAGUAGUCUACAGGGCCGACAAUAACCAGCAGUGGUUUCUCAGCACAGCACGGAAUGAUCUAGGCUGAGGGACUUGUGGCAUGUUGGAAGGACCUCGGCCAUGUCUCUCUUCUGUUGCCUGUCAUCCUUCUUUCCUUUUUCCACUCCAACCCCACCCCCUUUGUUCGCACCAUUUGCGGCCCUGGACCAGGUGGAGAAAUGGAACCGCCGCGACCAGAAGCUGCUGGAGGCAGUGCAGCGGGGGGAUGUGGGACGCGUGGCCUCCCUGGCCUCGAGGAAGUCGGCCCGACCCACCAAGCUGAACUCGAGCGGCCAGUCCUCGUUUCAUCUGGCAGCCUCCAAAGGCCUGACAGAAUGUCUGACUAUCCUGCUGGCAAAUGGAGCUGACAUCAACAGCAAAAACGAGGAUGGAAGCACUGCCCUGCACUUGGCCACCAUCUCCUGCCAGCCACAAUGUGUCAAAGUCCUGCUGCAGCAUGGUGCCAACGAAGAUGCUGUGGAUGCAGAGAAUCGUAGUCCGCUGCACUGGGCAGCCUCCUCUGGCUGUGCCUCAAGUGUUCUCCUGCUGUGUGACCACGAAGCCUUCCUGAACGUCCCAGAUAAUGACGGACGUACACCCCUGAUGAUCGCAUCGCUGGGUGGCCAUGCAGCUAUCUGCUCACAGCUACUGCAGAGAGGUGCCCAGGUUAAUGUCACAGACAAGGAUGCCAAGUCGGCUCUGAUCCUGGCCUGUGAGAAAGGCAGCGCGGAGGUGGCCGAGCUGCUCCUGAGCCACGGGGCAGACGCAGGGGCGGUGGACAACGAGGGGCACGACGCUCUGCAUUAUGCUGUACGCUCGGAGGACAGGGAGCUGUGGAGGCUGCUCCGGCAGGCCCUGCUCCGGCAGGGGCGGCAGGGAGGUCAGGGGCUUGCUCAACAUCUGGAUCUUACAUCCCAGGCCUCCCCAUCAGAGUCUCUGGUGGGUUCUCCACCCCAGAGCCCGUGGAGAGCGGAGCCCGAGGAAGAGGAGGAGGAAGACCCAUGCCCGGAUGAGUGGAGGCGGAAGUAUGAAGAGGAGCAGAGGAAGGUUUCUCAGUUGGAGCAGGAGCUGGUGCGAAAGACGGAAGAGAGCGAGGCUCGAGCUGCAGCCUGCCUGGGCCUGGAGAACGGGAUUCGAGAGCAGGUGCAGGAGCUGGGGCUUCUCCUAUCACCACAGCCUGGGACUCCAGGAGGGCAGGGCUCUAGUCUCCGGCCUGGAGGAGAUGGCAUGGAGCAGGGUUGUCCCCUGGACCUUCUGGCCGAGCGCAUUCAAGAACUAAAGAAGCAGCAGCAGGAAGCAGCUGCAGCUGCAGCCAAACGGGCGUUAGCUUCUAAGAAAGCAGAGGAUUCGGUCUCGGGGGAGGUCCCGUAUGAAGCCCCUGGAGGGGGCCAACCGGAAGAACAGGGGCCACCCCAGAGCCCCAGGUCUGAGACCAUUGGGAAAGCCACAGGACAGCAGCUGACCACCAGCGGUGGACAGGCCCUUGGCCCUGAUCACACCGACAAGCCACGUGCUGGCCAGAAAGAGGGGCCCCGGGCCCCAGGGGCUGAACCAGCAGGCACCGCGGCUGCACCAGUGGGCCCCGGAGACGUGAACCAGCUCCUGCUACAACUGAGGGAGGAGCUGGCCGCGGUGUGGCGAGAAAAGGAUGCCGCCCGAGGGGCUUUGUCAAGGCCGGUCCUGGAGGGAGCUCUGGGGACACCCCGGGCCGAGGCUGCGGCGGCCGCCUGGGAGAAGAUGGAGGCCAGGCUGGAGCAGGUGCUGGUGAGGCUGGACAGGGCCAAGGCGGGAUUACCCGUGAGCCCUGACUCCGCUGCCCGGCCCAGAGAGGGAGCCCUGCACGCCGGCCCAGAGACCACCUCCGAAGAGAAUGAAGGGGGGCGGCCAGGGGCUCCUGGGGCUCGCGGAGAGCCUCUAGGGGCCCCCGCAAGGGGACAGGUGCCUGGAGGAGGUCCGGCCAAGGGACGGUUGGAGAAGGAGGUGGCGGCCCUGCGGCUGAGCAACAGUAACCUGCUGGGGGAGCUGGGGCAGCUGGGGCAGGAGACGCAGAGGCUGCAGGGGGAGCCGCAGUCCCUGAGCCAGCGUCUGCAGCGGGAUUUCGUCCCCAAACCGGAGGCGCAGGACCAGCUGCGGCAGUUGCGGCGCAGCGUGGGGCUGCUGACAGAUGAACUGGCCGCGGAGAAGGAGGCCACCGAGCAGCUGCGGCAGCGCCUGGCCUCCCAGAGCAGUGGCCUCCGCGGGCUGUGGGACGACCUGCCGCCGGACGUGGUGGGCAGGGGCGUCGCGGGGCGCACGGCGGCCGAACCCCUGGAGGAGCUGCGGGCCUGCAUCCGCGCCCUGGCCGACGGGCACCGCGAGGCCCAAGACUCGCUGGCCCGGCUGGAGCAGGAAAACCGGCGGCUGCGCGGGUCCCCCGGCCCCCGCGGGGAGCCACCCGGCACCUUCUCACAGGGCCCAGUCUCCCCCCAGGUGGCCGCUCUGGAGCAGGACCUGGGGAAGCUGGAGGAGGAGCUGCGGGCCGUCCAGGCCACCAUGAGCGGGAAGAGCCAGGAGAUUGGGACGCUGAAGAAGCUUCUGUACCAGGCCACUGAGGAGGUGGCCGAGCUGCGGGCCCGUGAGGCCGCCAGCCUGCGGCAGCACGAGAAAACGCGGGGCUCGCUGGUUGCCCAGGCCCAGGCUUGGGGCCAGGAGCUGAAGGCCCUCCUGGAGAAGUAUAACACGGCGUGCCGGGAGAUGGGCCGGCUGCGCGAGGCCGCGGCGGAGGAGCGGCGCCGCAGCGGGGACCUGGCGGCGCGGGCCGCGGAGCAGGAGCGCCAGGCCGCCGAGCUGCGCGGGCGCUCCCAGCAGUUUGAGAAGACGGCCGAGGUGCUCAGGGACAAGGUGGAGCAUCUCAUCGGGGCCUGCCGGGACAAGGAGGCCAAGAUCAAGGAAUUGUUGAAGAAGCUGGAACAGCUUUCAGAGGAGGUCUUGGCAGUGCGGGGAGAAAAUGCUCGCCUUGCCUUGCAGCUGCAGGAUUCCCAGAAGAACCAUGAAGAGAUCAUCUCCGCCUAUAGGAAGCACCUGCUGAAUGCCGCUCAGGGUUACAUGGAACAAGAUGUGUAUAAUAUUCUGCUGCGAAUCCUCAGCAUACAGGAAGAGUGAGGCAGCCGGGGCCCUGAGGGGUGUGCGACUUCUUCUGAUUUCUCUGUUGGAGUAAGAGCAUCCCUGGCUUCCAGAGGCUCCAUCAGGCUUUGGAGGGUGGGGCCAGGCAUGGGGAUGGCAUGGGUGGGGCUCCACAUGACACUGUGGACCCCAGACCUGAGAACCUGAAGCCUGGAGUCGGCAUGAGACCAGAGGAGAUGCACGGAGGCCAGCUCUAUGGAAAAUAAAGCAGGAGGCGGUGUGGUGUUGGGUGUCCCUGCUUUCUCUGUUCAAAGGCGAGUGGGGGAAGGAAACUUUUUUUAAAAAUCACAAAUGGCCCCCAAUUGUGAUCCAUAGUAAGAAAUACACUACAUCGUGGCGCA